AUGGUUCUUGAGCACCUGAGAAGUGCCUUCCUUGUGCUGAGUUCAAUUCCACUGUCCAAGAAGACCCGCAGUAUCUUGUUCCUUGAAAAGGCUUUUCAAUUCUACGAUGUCAUCACGGCCCUUUCUUUAGGACGUAGCCCAGUCUCUACCGUACCCGCAACUGAGCAGGUGUACUCCAUGGCAUCACCUUCAUCCAAGUCGGCCCAAAACGGCCCUGUUGAUCCACUUCUCGGUAUGACUGGCAAUCUGUGGCCAGUUCUUUACCGUCUUAGCACUCUCAAAUCCCUGAAAGGAGACUUGGAUGGCGCGGUCUCCAACAAUCAACCAGCCAAAGCCGCCGUUCUUCUGAUGGAGUACGAAUCCACGGUCAAGGCAGUGCAAAAGGCUCUCCAAGAUUGGGCGCCUCCGGUACAGUCAGACGAGGACUUUGAACCCUUUUGUGAUUCGGAUGCCCAAGGCGCGUUCCGCGCCAUGGUUCACAACUCUAUGGCGUAUCGUCACAGUGCUUUGGUAUACCUGAACCGGUCGAUCCACGACCACCCAGUCGACCAUCCUGCGGUUCAGGAAAACUGCCAUCUUACUCUGGAGAACUGCGUUGCGGUCAUCGCAUCUGGUGGGCCGGUCAAUGCGCUCCUCUGGCCUUUAUUCGUAGCAGCAUGCGAAGCUAUCACGGAUCAGGACCGGGGUCUCGCAAGGUACGCCUUCAUUGAAAUUGAGCGAAGGCAGGGCAUGAUCAACAUCGAGAGAGCUCGUGCAGUUGUCCUUCAUCAGUGGGCUGCUGCGACGUCGGGAGAACUGAACGGCGGCUGCAAUACGGGCGCUGAAGCGUGGAGGGAGGUUGCGGGGAGUAUGGGAAUGACAAUUAUCUUCGGUUAG